CUAGGUCUCUAUGGUAAACAGAUUGUUGUCAGUUUUCAAAAAAUAUAAUCUUGUCUUUGGUGAAUUGUUACUGUGAUGUCGUCGUCGAGUAUCGAGUGUCGUCGUCUUUUGUAAAGUUUUAUCAAGAUAUUCCUGGACUUAACUUGGUGAACGUGAUAAACUUCUCAAAUAGCUUAUGUAUCUAAAAGUGACUUGUAAUAAAUUUUGUUUAGUGUCGGACUUGAACAAAAAAUAAUUGUGAUCAGUUUCUAAUUUUAAUUACCCCUAAGUGGGAUAGUUUGGCAAAAUGAUGACCGAAAAUAGAAUUAGUUCAAGUAAUCACGUCGGUAACAGUAUGAGCAAUCAGAAUAAGGGAGACGUCGAUAAAACUGUCGACGACAUCGGUUGGAAAUCAAAAUUAAAAAUACCCCCAAAAGAUAGAAGAAUAAGAACUAGUGAUGUCACUGAUACAAGAGGUAAUGAGUUUGAAGAGUUCUGCUUAAAACGAGAGCUGCUGAUGGGCAUUUUUGAGAAGGGAUGGGAAAAACCGUCCCCUAUUCAAGAGGCUUCAAUCCCCAUUGCACUUAGUGGUAAAGAUGUGCUCGCUCGAGCCAAAAAUGGUACAGGCAAGACUGGAGCUUAUUGUAUUCCAGUUUUAGAACAGGUUGAUCCUAAAAAAGACGCUAUUCAAGCUUUAAUUGUGGUACCAACUAGAGAGUUAGCACUUCAGACAUCACAAAUUUGCAUUGAACUGGCAAAACACACAGACAUACGCGUGAUGGUUACUACAGGAGGGACCAACCUCAGAGAUGAUAUUAUGCGUAUUUAUCAAAAUGUGCAAGUGAUUAUUGCCACGCCAGGCCGAAUGAUUGAUCUCAUGGACAAGCAGGUUGCUAAGAUGGACCAGUGCCGGAUGCUGGUCCUAGAUGAAGCCGACAAACUUCUUUCUCAGGACUUCAAGGGCAUGCUGGAUAUGGUUAUUUCACGAUUACCCAAAGAGCGCCAAAUCUUGCUGUUCUCUGCCACAUUCCCAUUGAGUGUGAAGCAGUUCAUGGAGAAGCACUUGAGGGAGCCGUACGAGAUUAACCUCAUGGAGGAGCUCACGCUGAAGGGAGUCACACAAUAUUAUGCAUUUGUACAAGAGAGGCAGAAGGUGCAUUGUUUAAAUACCCUAUUUUCAAAGUUACAAAUAAACCAGUCCAUCAUUUUCUGCAAUUCAACUCAGCGCGUGGAGCUGCUGGCCAAGAAGAUCACGGAGCUGGGGUACUGCUGCUAUUACAUCCACGCGCGCAUGGCGCAGGCGCACCGCAACCGCGUGUUCCACGACUUCCGCGCCGGCCUGUGCCGCAACCUGGUCUGCUCCGACCUGUUCACUCGCGGUAUCGACGUGCAGGCCGUCAACGUCGUCAUCAACUUCGACUUCCCGCGCAUGGCCGAGACUUACCUGCACCGCAUCGGCCGCUCGGGCCGCUUCGGCCACCUCGGUAUCGCCAUCAACCUGAUCACGUACGAGGACCGCUUCGCCCUGCACCGCAUCGAGCAGGAGCUGGGCACGGAGAUCAAGCCGAUCCCGAAGGUCAUCGACCCGGCGCUGUACGUGGCGCGUCCCAGCGAGGAAGACGAUGCGGACAAGUAACCUGCGACGCGCUCGUGCCCGUCGCUACUCGCGCCGCUAGUGCCAGCGCCGCCGACUGACUGGUGAAUGGAUUACUAUAAAAAUAUAAAACGAAAAACUUAUUUGUAAAAAGUGUAAUGAAUUUAUUGUAACGAAAUGUGCGUGUAAAUAGUUUAUCGUGAAAUAAGACUUUAAACCUGAAAUGGGUUACUUUUUUAAAGUGUAUAUAAAACGAACAUCGGGACUUGCGAGAGGCGUCUACGUUCUUUGUCCAUAUUGGAUACUGUGCGUGAAUUCCUAUAUUGUUAAAACGUAAAAUAUUUAUCUGAAUCUGUGGGAGUCUACCUAGAUUUGUCAGUGAAAUUAACAUAAAUUGUGGUAGACUUUGGACAGAUGUUGAUGAGGAUACUUGCCCAUAUUUAGUACAGUAGAGCUAGCGCCGGUUUUCUUUUACAAAUGAAUUUCUUAAAACUUAAUUCUGUGAUAUGGGUGAGUAUGAACAGUCUAGCUCUGCCGAUCUGUCAAAUUAAUAUUGUGAUAAAUGAUUUAAAAAAACCAGUGUCAAGGACAUUGUCUUUGUCUGCUUGGGACAUUGUCUAUACCAUCAAGCCGUGUUUAUAUUUCAUAUUAAUGUCAUUAAAUUAUUUUCGAGUGUAAAGCAGCUAAGUCACAGUAGGAUAAUUUAAGGUGGUGUAAGGUUUGGUAGGCAUGUCUAAUGGAACAAAUCAAAUCUAUUUUAUAAUUCUUUUUCUGGUUUCUGAGAGAAAUGUUCACAUAACAAGGGCCAAGAAAUGAAGUGAUUCCGAAAGACUUGUAUUAAUAAAUUGGUGAAAAUGAUAGAUGCAGCUGGCGCCUACCUUACCUUAUGGGGAUGAAUUUUUUGUUGAAUUUAGAUAAAACUGUGACUUCAACGAGGCUGGGCAAUGAACAGUACUGCUGCGGCUUGCAGUCACGGUACAUUGCUUGGUCUAGGGGAAUUUUAAUUUAGAGAGUAUUUAGUUUUGAUUAUUAAAGUAACAUGAUAUUUUUGACUCUCUGGGGAAAUUAAUUAUGGGGAAUGUCAAGUGAAGAGUUAAAACGUUUGGUCUGUAUUUUCAGUCAGUAAGUUGCUUAAUGUAAAAUUGAAAAAAAAAAAAAUAACUGUGUUCAGUAUUACUUGGAAUAAAUAAUUUCCUAUACCUAGUGUGGCACUGCCUUUCAACGACUUGUGCCCGAGGACACUUGACCAAUCGGCUAGUACCUGAUCUUAAUUGUCAAUAUUGUUGCAGAGUUCUGCCUAGGAAUUAUAGUACUAUUUGAUGUUCACAUUUGUAAUUUGAAACUGUCACUGUAAUUUUAUUAACAUAAAUAAUGCUGACUUAAGUGUAAAAGAGUUGUGCUAUGUUCAUAUCUACAGUCUGAACAUACUUUGAUAAAAUAGUCCACUGUUGAUUUUAUACUUCACUGCGCUAUUUUUUGUAUCUAUUAGAUUUAAUAGUUGCAAUUUUACUUUCGAAAACAUAGUCAACAAAUGAUUAUAGUUAGCUCUGGUAUGUGUUAUGAUAAGUAUGAAACAAGAGAUUGUAAAGAAAGUGCUUUUUGUUGACAUGAGUGUAAAUGUAUAUACAUACGGUCAAACCGUUACAGAGAGGCGAAACAAAACAAGAAAGAUGCAGCAAUAGGAGCUAUUCGUCUGUGAUAAUCUGCUUGCUGACUAUGUUUUAGGUCUAUUUGAAUAUGGGUUUGAUUUGGUCUUCCGAUAUGCUAAGUAAUGCCGUGAAUCAAGUCAUGUAUGUUUGAUGGCGAUAUGUUACAGAUAGUCCAAAUAAUAUGUAUAGAUCGUAAAGUGCCCGUAUCCUUGAAUCAGUUAACAAAAAAUAUAUACUGAAUUUAACAUCCAGUGACAAUUUGACAAUUAUUAACCAUAUCAUCUAGAUUUUUUUAUAACUCAUGUAAUUAUUUACUUAACAAAUCAUGCCUUUAUUAUUAUCUAUACACUAGCAUUUUGCAAAUUUAGUGUUUUCCAGUGGCAGUGUCAUUAAAAUUCUGUGAUUUUGUUUUUGAUAUUAAAAAAAUAUAUUAUUGUUGAAAAUUGGCCAAAAUAAACUCUUCACGCCAAA